AUGGCUUCACUCAACGCCACCGGUGACAAGUCGUUCAUUUGUCCAGGAUGCCGGCGUGGUGGCUUCGCAACCCUCGGCGCCGUCAGGGCUCAUUUUGCCUCGAAAGGUCACGAGCUCUUGUGUUCCCCAUGUGACAGGCACUUUGGCAACAUUACAGCUUUCCUCAAGCACUCUCAACAGCAUGAAAAGCCCAUAGAUGGGUCUGAUUCCAAGUUUCAUGGGCCAGCAAUGCAGGCACAGAAGGGCAUGAAGCAGCGGAAACUUGGAGAUCUUGUCGAUUCAUUCACCCCCAAACCUGCAGAAUCGACCCCAAGAAAUCCGAAGCCAAAGAAACUUCGUAACGACAGCUCUACCGCACCGGUUCCGACGACGAGUGAAUGGCCCAGCGAGUCUCAGAGUCGCACCGAACUCUUGCCUGCCCCUCUCACCUCUGCGGAACUGGCUCGAAAGAGUAAGAAAUCCAAGAAAUCUCAGGACCGUCCCGAGGCCAUACCUGUGAAGUUCUCGGGCUCGGAGAACGCCGAGGGGGGCGUCAGACUCCCGGUUACCAGGCCCAAGGAACCAAUCUCUAAGACCCAGAAGUCUAGGAAAUCCCAGGAUCGCUCUGAGUCCGUAUCUGUCAAACCUGCUCCACCGGCCACAAAGACUAUAUUCAAUGAGAAAGCGAUACGUGAUUUGUUCGGACGGUCAGAGACUGCCAAGGAUGAAGGCAAAACGGAUACUGGUCCUAAUGCCCUGAAUGCGAACUACCAUGUUACUUUGGAAACACUUGAACAAGAUUUGAUCUUCCGUUAUCUAUCGGCGCGCUGUCAUUCAGCCACCCGUCUGGCUACACUAGGCUUCGUCUUCUGGGAUGAACGUGCGGGAUUCUAUAGACGUUCGUCAAAGAAAGUCGGUGAUAAGUUCACACAUUACCGUCAAGUACCUCGCUCCUCUGACGGCUUGCCAAAAAGAAGAGCAAUCGUCAUCGACUGCGAGAUGGUGAGAAUGAAUCUUGGCCAGAGGGACAUUGCCUUUCUGACUGCGAUUGACUUCUUGACUGGAAGCGUGCUUAUCAACAACUAUGUGAAACCGGACGGGCAAGUCGUCGAUUGGGAUUCGCGGUACAGCGGGGUGACGCCCUAUGCGAUGAACAAAGCCGUCAAGGAAGGAACGGCUUUGAAAGGACGGGAGGGGGCGCGCGCCAAAUUAUGGGAAUUCAUGGAUAUCAAUACCGUUCUCAUUGGUCACUCAAUCAACAAUGACCUCGAUGUGUUGGGUAUGGUUCACCCGAACAUCGUCGAUUCUGCUAUCCUUACCAGCGAGGCGGUAUUCCACACGGCGCGCGGAUAUGAAAAUCUCACCCGCUCUUGGAGUCUGAAGGCCCUUACAAAACAACUCCUCGACUACGAUAUUCAAGCGUCGAGCAAGGGCCACUCUGCUCUUGAAGAUGCGCGGGCAACACGAGAUGUCGUGAUCUGGUGCCUGCGAUAUCCUGAGCACCUGAAGGCUUGGGCAGACAACGCUCGGGAAGAAGUUGAGGCACGCGCGCUUGAGCGCGAGAUGAAGCAGGUCACAGUAGAUCAGGAAAUCGACCCGAUAGCGAAGAGGCUUGAGGAGAAGUGGACAUCAAGGAUGAUGUUUUAUGAGCCUCCUAUGGACAUCAACGACAGUGGACCGAGUUGGUAUGAUUCUAAUGCGCUCGGAUUUAUGCCUUCGGCGCGGGACGAGGUCAUUCCUAAUGAUGAAUUGGAACAUGAGCUGAGAAGCAUUCAAACGGCGGCUACUUCCUUCUUUUGA